AUGGAAGGAGAAGGAGAAGAAGAGGACAUAGUUUGCUUAGAUGAAUCUUUCUUCAUCGAUGACAAUUACCAGCUGACCACUUUCACAUUUGGGUCUCAAGUUAUUGAGCUGCUUUGCCUCCAGUCUGCUUCAACUGAUUUUGAUCUGACUGGGCAACUGGUUUGGCCUGGGGCAAUGCUGUUGAAUGAUUACCUUUCAAAGAAUGCAGAGCUUCUGCAAGGAUGCACUGUUCUGGAAUUAGGCUCUGGGGUUGGUAUUACUGGAAUACUUUGCAGCAGAUUUUGUAGCAAAGUUGUAUUAACAGAUCAUAAUGAGGAAGUUCUCAAGGCAAGGUCAUGGUAUUAA